CGUGUCUCAGUCCAGGGCCACGCCGGCCGCAUAUCCGCGUCCCGCAGAUCAGGCUGGUUGUCACGCCCGAGGCGGACACCUUCCCAGGUCAACCCCGCCGCUCUCCGCGACGUUGCCACAGGCAGCCAGCGCCCUAAGCCCGGCCCCGCGGGGUUGUCUCCGGCCCGCAAGGCCCACGGAGGACCCGCCCCGCGCUCGCUGCUCUCCAGGCCCCGCCCCUGCUCGGCCGCGGCUCCGCUACCCCCCCUGCGUCCUCCGCGCUCGCCGCGCCCGCACCGCCCGGGGCGGACAGGAGCGGCUCGGACGCCCGGCGAGCGGGGCAGCGGAACUGACGCCAGUGGGCUUCCGGGGACGGCCCCGGGGAGGUCGGCGGCGGCGGCGCCGCAGUCGUGGAGCGGCAGCGGCCGCGGGCGACGCAAGUUCCUCGCUGGGCUCCUCUCGCCUCCCUCGCGCUUCUGCUGCCUCCCGCCGGGGCCGUGUGCCGCCUCCCGACGGCGGCUCUCCCCGCCGAGAGCUUUCGGAGCGCAGCUGCUGCGGAGGAGCCGUCGCCACCCCGCCGCGGGGCCGAGUGAGGGUGCGCGUCGCCCCGCGUCGCCCCUGCGCCGGCUCCUCGCUCCCCGCGGCGGGCGCCCUUCUCGCGCGAGGCUCUCCCCCCAGCUCCAUGAAUGGAAAUCGGCUCCGCAGGACCCGUUGGGGCCCAGCCCCUACUCAUGGUGCCCAGAAGACCUGGCUAUGGCACCAUGGGCAAACCCAUUAAACUGCUGGCUAACUGUUUUCAAGUUGAAAUCCCAAAGAUUGAUGUCUACCUCUACGAGGUAGAUAUUAAACCAGACAAGUGUCCUAGGAGAGUGAACAGGGAAGUGGUUGACUCCAUGGUCCAACACUUUAAAGUUACUAUAUUUGGGGACCGUAGGCCAGUUUAUGAUGGGAAAAGAAGCCUUUACACCGCUAAUCCACUUCCUGUGGCAACCACUGGGGUGGAUUUAGAUGUUACUUUACCUGGGGAAGGGGGAAAAGAUCGUCCUUUCAAAGUAUCGAUCAAAUUUGUGUCUCGGGUGAGUUGGCACCUACUACAUGAAGUACUGACGGGACGGACUUUGCCUGAACCGCUGGAAUUAGACAAGCCAAUCAGCACUAAUCCUGUCCAUGCUGUUGAUGUGGUGCUACGACAUCUGCCAUCCAUGAAAUAUACCCCUGUGGGGCGUUCCUUUUUCUCAGCUCCAGAAGGAUAUGACCACCCUCUGGGAGGGGGAAGGGAAGUAUGGUUUGGAUUCCAUCAAUCUGUUCGGCCUGCCAUGUGGAAAAUGAUGCUUAAUAUUGAUGUUUCUGCCACUGCCUUCUACAAAGCACAACCUGUAAUUCAGUUCAUGUGUGAAGUUCUUGACAUUCAUAAUAUUGAUGAACAACCAAGACCUCUGACUGACUCUCAUCGGGUGAAAUUCACCAAAGAGAUAAAAGGUCUGAAAGUGGAAGUGACUCAUUGUGGAACAAUGAGACGGAAAUACCGAGUUUGUAAUGUAACCAGAAGGCCGGCCAGUCAUCAAACCUUUCCUUUACAACUAGAAAAUGGCCAAACUGUGGAGAGAACAGUAGCACAGUAUUUCAGAGAAAAAUACACUCUUCAGCUGAAGUACCCACACCUCCCCUGUCUACAAGUGGGGCAGGAGCAGAAACACACCUACCUGCCACUAGAAGUCUGUAAUAUUGUGGCAGGCCAACGUUGUAUCAAGAAGUUAACUGACAAUCAGACUUCCACCAUGAUCAAAGCCACAGCAAGAUCUGCGCCAGACAGACAAGAGGAAAUUAGCAGAUUGGUAAGAAGUGCAAAUUAUGAAACAGAUCCAUUUGUCCAGGAAUUCCAAUUUAAAGUUCGGGAUGAAAUGGCGCAUGUAACAGGACGUGUCCUUCCAGCACCUAUGCUCCAGUAUGGAGGACGGAAUAGGACAGUAGCAACACCAAGUCAUGGAGUAUGGGACAUGAGAGGAAAACAAUUUCACACAGGAGUUGAAAUCAAAAUGUGGGCUAUUGCUUGUUUUGCCACUCAGAGACAGUGCAGAGAAGAAAUAUUGAAGGGUUUCACAGACCAGCUGCGGAAGAUUUCCAAGGAUGCAGGGAUGCCCAUCCAAGGCCAGCCUUGCUUCUGCAAAUAUGCACAGGGGGCAGACAGUGUGGAGCCCAUGUUCCGGCAUCUCAAGAACACCUAUUCAGGGCUGCAGCUCAUCAUCGUCAUCCUACCAGGAAAGACGCCAGUAUAUGCGGAAGUGAAACGUGUCGGUGACACACUUUUGGGUAUGGCUACACAAUGUGUUCAAGUCAAGAAUGUAAUAAAAACAUCCCCUCAAACUCUCUCUAACCUGUGCCUGAAGAUAAAUGUUAAACUUGGUGGGAUCAAUAAUAUUCUUGUACCUCAUCAAAGACCUUCUGUGUUCCAGCAACCAGUCAUCUUCUUGGGAGCAGAUGUCACUCAUCCUCCUGCUGGCGAUGGGAAGAAGCCUUCUAUUGCCGCUGUUGUAGGUAGUAUGGAUGCCCACCCAAGUAGAUACUGUGCCACAGUAAGAGUUCAGAGGCCCCGACAGGAGAUCAUCCAGGACUUGGCCUCCAUGGUCCGAGAACUUCUCAUUCAAUUUUAUAAGUCAACUCGGUUCAAACCUACUCGUAUCAUCUUUUAUCGGGAUGGUGUUUCAGAAGGGCAGUUUAGGCAGGUAUUAUAUUAUGAACUACUAGCAAUUCGAGAAGCCUGCAUCAGUUUGGAGAAAGACUAUCAACCUGGAAUAACCUACAUUGUAGUUCAGAAGAGACAUCACACUCGGUUAUUUUGUGCUGAUAGAACAGAAAGGGUGGGACGAAGUGGCAAUAUCCCAGCCGGAACAACUGUGGAUACAGAUAUUACUCAUCCAUAUGAGUUUGAUUUUUACCUCUGUAGCCAUGCUGGAAUACAGGGUACCAGCCGUCCUUCACACUACCAUGUUUUAUGGGAUGAUAACUGCUUUACUGCAGAUGAACUUCAGCUACUGACUUAUCAGCUUUGCCACACUUACGUGCGCUGUACACGAUCUGUUUCUAUACCUGCACCAGCGUAUUAUGCUCACCUGGUGGCAUUCAGAGCCAGAUAUCAUCUUGUUGACAAAGAACACGACAGUGCCGAAGGAAGUCACGUUUCAGGGCAGAGCAAUGGGCGAGAUCCACAAGCUCUUGCCAAGGCUGUACAGAUUCACCAAGAUACCUUACGUACCAUGUAUUUUGCUUGAAAAGUCCCAAGAAUAUUCUCUGAGAGGAAGAACUGAAAGAUGAAUCUACGUGCAACAUGUUUCUAGUGAAGUCAGUUGAGUGGGGGUGCAUCCAGCCAUACAGAAACCAACACUGUGUGGGGGCCGGGGUCUGGUCUUUAUGUUGUUACCAGGACGACUGUUUACUUCAUCAAGGAACACAGCACCAUUAUGCAAUAUGAAACCAGCCAACUGCUUUUUUGUGUGCGGUCUCCAAUAGGAAGAAUCAUGAUUGUUUUGUUUUCACUUUCUUGUAGCCUGACUCUUGUAAUGCCUUUACCUCAAGUUGCUUAGCAGCACAACUAUCUUUGCAAAAAAAAAGUAAAGAAAAAGUCCAUGAUGGUUUGAAAAAGCAAAACAUACCUACAUUGGUAAUCAAAGUAAUUGUUCACAAUUAUGUGUACAAAAAAUUGUGGAUUUGUGUUUUCUUGUAAAAAGUAUCUGUAUAUUUUAAAUAUACAUGAAUACUUCACAUGCAUAUAUAUCUGGAUCUGUGCUGAUAAUAAGAUAUAUAUGUACCUGUGUAUAUAUUUUAUAGUGCAUUCCAUUGGGGGGGCUUUCUCUUUUAUAUUCUCCCCAUCACCACUUUCAUUUCUCUCUAACUCCCUUGCCUUUGCUACCUACAUUUCCCCCCCUUAAUACUACCAGUGGCAUUCAAAUGUUUACUUACAUGGUUCAUUGGACUAUGAAGCACGGUAAACUAGAUUUUUAUUUUUGUUUUGCACAUCCUGUCAAGCUGUCUCUCAUCUCAUAUACAAUUCUGAGUCUUUAAUUCUCGAUACUGCUUUCUUAAGAAACAAAAUUAUUUUACAGAUAUACACAUGUGUUUUUGUGAGAGUAUAUGUCUUGCUCUCUCCUGCUUUGAUCUUACAUUUGCCUUUGUGCUGUGUGUGUAUAUAAACAGCAGCAAUCUAUUUUGCUCACGUGACUUUGUUAAAGCUGCUAUAAGUACAAAACCUUGUCAGUAGUUUCUCUCCAUAACUAUGUAUUCUAAAGCCUUCUGUUUUUAGAGGCUAUAUGUGGAAAUCCCUUAAAGCUUUUAUAAAGGUAAAUUUUUUUUUUAAAUGAUUGGAACUCUAUAGGUCUGACGCCUCUGAAAUUGGACAGAAAGAGAGAAAGGGUUGUUGAGGGCCUUUAAAUUCCUCUCUUGCUAGUUUACUUGCUGCCUCUCACACAUUAAUGUGACUUUCAUAUAUAUUUAUAUAUAUAUGUAUAUAUAUAUAUACACAUAUAUAUACAUAUAUGUAUGUGUUUUGAGGUUAGCUUCCUUUUAUAUUUACUACAAUAGUGCUUUAAUAGUUACAGGAUCAUACUGGCAGCAUCUUUUAUAGAAAUAUAAUCAUGUUUAAGUACUGACAAGUUGUUUUUGCUAUCUUUUAGUGCAAUAAGCAGUUUUAAAGGACAGGUGAUCUGUUUCACAUCUUUACCACAGAGAGGGGAGGAACAGGCACCUUCAUAAAUUUAAAAGGGCAAAGUAAUACAACCUUAAUUUCCAAAGGAAAGUACUGUCAUUUUUCAAGUUUAAAGCCUGUCUCUUUGAAACCAUAAUGAAAAUUAAGGAAGUUAAAAUUCCUAAAUGGAGUCUGACCUUGAGUAUUAAAAUUAGCUUUGAAAACAUGGGGGAGAGUAGAAGAAGAAAAGUCAGGAGUUUUAUUCUUCAAAAAACAUAAUAAAAUAAAAAUAAAUUAGCUUUGAUUUAAGAAAUGACAGUGAAUAGUUUAAGAAAGUACUUAAGCUAUUUGAAAAUUGAUCAUGUUUAUUAAAGAACCGUACUGACUGGAUACUGCUUUUCAUUUAUUAAAUGAAUCAGCAAAAUAUAAAUAGUUAAAACACUUUUACUAAUUCUCACCAGUGUAACUUUCCUUUUAAAAUUAAGGUGACAACAGCAAGGGAAGCUAAUACUCUGAUCAUUUUAAAUGAGUUAAUCAUUGAAGAGUAGAAAAAAUGUUUUGUAAUACUUUUGCUUUAUUAAUUUCACAUUCAGAUACUAAAAACACUAUAAUGCUGUCAAAACUAAGUUCAUUAGUAAUGUUAGAUUCAGGGGGAACAUUGCACUUUGUAACUCAUAGUAAUUGCAUUUUUUUUUUCUUUUUGCACUGGUUCAAAGUAUAGAUAUUACAGACUAUUUCUAGUGGGCAUUGUUGUUGACUUUUCAAAAUUCCAUCUGCACGUGAAAAUGAAUGAUAACUUUUUAGUUUUCUCUUUUACCUAUAAUCCACUCUUAUUGCCAAUUCACUGUAUUUUGAGCCUAAAAUCUGAGCCCAUAUUCUUCAACAGGUAUAAAUCUUUUGUCCCUCUGCCAGAAAACUGAGAAAGUACUGUAUUUUGUAUGUUUAUUAUAUUGAAGUAUCAGAAAUACAAUUUACAACACUGUUGUGAAGCUCUUUACAUAAGGUAAUAUUUCUAUAAUUUAUACAUUUUUCUCCCAAAUACCCCCCAAAAAAUUCUUUAAGAUUUUUUUUUUUUUACAUUAAAAUCUCACUGAAUAUAAGUCAGGGACAUGGGAAAGAGAAUAAGAUAGUAUGUUCUAGAUGGUAAGAUCUUGAUUACUUGCUCAGUAUGGUUAAAACAAAGUCGUCCUGAUUAAUGGAAAUUGGGACCUAGGAAAGAACUAUAGAUGCCUUUUCCCUACUUACUGCUUUACCUAAUUUUUAGUUACUGAGUCUCACAUGGUCUAGAGUAAAGUCUAUAAUUUAAAUCUAUUUGGAAGGACUUUUACAGAGAAAAGAAAUAUUUUUAAUAUAAAGUUUCACCUUUAAAGUGUGUUCUUUUUUUAGGGUGCUCUUACAGUUUCCACAUUGCUAAUAGUUUAGAGUUAGUUAACUUGAAAGAAUCUGUACUUUAUAUUUCUUAUUUGCUUAGUAGCAAUUGGUAUAUCAAACAUAAUUUAAAAAAUUGUGCCUAGUUUUUAAGAUAAAAGGGUAAGUGGCAAAUACUUUUUGAAUUUCAUUUUAGUUAUUGUUGCACUUCGGUAUAGAACUCCUGAUCUUUUCUAUUUAGAAAAAAAAAAGUUUCAAAUAUAAAGAUAAUGAAACUCAACAGUGCCCUUUCUUUUCCUUCCCUUACUAACUAUAUAACGAAUACUAAUUUUUGUCUGCUGUCUUUUUAUAGUGUAUAAUUGUGACUAAAAUGUCAGUUCCAGUAACUGGUGUAAUUUGAGUUUCAGAUGAAGAAGAGUUGGGAGUUCGAUGUAUGUCAUGAAUGGCAAAUGUAUUUGUGUUAAGUGCUGGUACGUUUUUGUAUUACAGUGUUAAGUUACUGGCAUUGAGGGCCAUACACUAAUACAUAAUAUGUAGCUGCUAUAUUUAUUUGAGUCUAAUAGUGACUGCACUAAACAAUAAGGAGAUGAGAAAGAGUCAAGGCUAGUUUGUACUCCCCACCCUUU